UUCAUUGGAACAAGUGUUUUCGGUUUCUUAAUUGGGACUUUAAUUUUGAAAAUUACCUGACUAAGCAAGGGAGCAGCCAUUUUAGUUUCAGUUUGCUCAACUCUCUCAGACAGUAAGCUCCAUGUGACUGCUGCUUCAGUUUUCUUUAAUGUUUAUGCCUUCGAAAGCAUUGUCAUUUCACUCUCCUUUGAAGCAUAUUGGAGUAAACAUCAGGAGUUUUUUGAAAACUACACCCUGACUCCAGUCUUUAUUUGAAGGGAGUUUGGCUUGCUGCUAAAUUGUGUUCACGCAUAUGGAAACACACAAGGAGAGCAGUACAGUGAAAUGACAUAAACUCAGCUGGCUGAAUAUCUUAGCAGAAGCAUACAGCAGCAAGUAGCGAGCAUCAUGGCUGAAAAGUAUCCAAAAGAGACCACACCAGAGAAGAUACAAAGUAAAGGUAACAAAACAUCUGACGCAUCCUCUAAAAGUUCCAUAAGAACUUCAAGGUCCUCAAGAUCUUCAGUUGGUGUUGCAGCAGCAUGUGCUAGAGCUAAGGCAGAGGCUGCACGAGCACGUGUUACUUUUGCAGAGAGAGAAAUUGCAAUUAAGGUGGACACAGCCAGGCUACAAGCUAACUUGGAAGCCCUGCAUCUGGAAAAAGAGGCUGCAGCUGCAAGUGCAGAAGCAGAUAUAUUAGAAGCAGCAGCAGAGUAUGAGGAUGAGGAGCCAUAUGAAAGGAAAAGUCACUCUUCAUCAGCACAAAGCACAGAAAAACGUGUUUGCGAUUAUGUAAGGGACCAAGCUACAUAUCUCAACGAGCAGGCCGACUUAGCUACAGAUCAGCCUCAUGAUUGCAAAUCUGAACCAGACCAAGUAACGGAUCAGAACCAGUUUACCCCUCAAACUGAACCAAAUAUGGUGCAUGUGAAUGAUAGCCAGUAUGUCGUACUUGAUGCAUGUUCUUCAUCUCUAAGGGCGCCAAAACUGCAAAAGGUAAAACUCCCGAGAAACAUGAAAGAGGAGUCAAUAGAAAAACCAGUCAGCAAUAAAUGGCAGCAACAGUGCAGUGGUGUAUCAAGAUAUUUGCCACAACACUCAGAAACUUCAGACAUGAUAGACCUUGUGAAAUUUCUUGCACGUCGUGAGCUAGUGAGCAGUGGUUUAACAUGCUUUGAUGAUCGCCCUGAAAGUUACAGAGCCUGGAGGUCCUCUUUUAUCAACACUAUCAAAGACUUGGGUCUUACAGCCAGUGAGGAGCUAGACUUGUUGUCAAAGUGGCUUGGUAAAGAAUCUUCAGAAUACGUGAGACGUCUCAGAGCAGUUCACAUAGGAAACCCAGACACAGCCUUGAAAAUGGUCUGGAACAGACUUGAUGAAUGUUACAGCUCACCUGAAGUAAUCGAAAGUGCACUGUUUAAGAAGUUAGACAGUUUUCCCAGGAUUUCAGGUAAAGACAACCUCAAACUAAGAGAGCUCGGAGAUCUUUUAAUGGAGCUGCUCUCAGCCAAAGAAGACGGCUAUCUACCAGGUUUAGCCUACUUAGACACUGCUCGAGGUAUCAGACCUAUUGUUGAAAAACUGCCAUAUUCCUUACAAGAGAAAUGGAUUUCUCAAAGCUCAAAGUACAAAUAAGAAUUUGGUGUCACUUACACUCCUUUCUCGUUCUUUACUCAGUUCAUUUGCAAUCAUGCUAAAACACGUAACGAUCCAAGCUUUGCCUUUUCCAGUAGUUACCGCCCUCCGUAUGAAGGACUCACUGUGAAACACACUAACUUCAAAACACCAGUGUUGGUACACAAGACUGAAAUCUCUCAUAGUACAUCUCAAGAUAAAAUGCCUUCUAGAGACGAUCCAGCUAAAUUCUGUCCAAUCCACAACAAACCCCACCCUUUAAGGAAAUGUCGAGGCUUCAGAUUGAAAACAAUCGACGACCGAAAAGCAUAUCUAAAAGAGCAAGGGAUCUGCUUCAGGUGCUGCUCAUCAUCAUCACACUUCGCUCGUGAUUGCAAAGUCAUUCUAAAGUGUGAUGAAUGCAACAGUGACAGUCACAACUCAGCUCUGCAUCCUGGUCCACCCUCAUGGACACCAAAAACCCAAAGUCAUUCAUUACAGCAUGGCGGGGAGGAUGCAGGAGAAAUUCCAACAACACAAGAAGUGAGCUCCCUUUGCACUGAAGUUUGUCACGGCCUUUCCACAAAAUCUUGUUCCAAAAUCUGCCUCGUCAAUGUGUUCCCUGAAGGUCAUCCUGAGAAUGCGGUAAAGAUGUAUGCUAUGCUCGACGAUCAGAGCAACAGAUCUCUGGCCAGAUCAAGAUUUUUCGACAUAUUCAACAUCAAUAGCAUAGCAUCGCCUUACAGCUUAAAGACAUGUGCAGGGUUGAUUGAGUGUUCAGGAAGAAAAGCAAAUGGCUAUCGGAUUGAAGCAGCAAACGGUGGAAUUAGUUUUGCUCUUCCAACACUAAUUGAAUGUGAUGAAAUACCCAACAACCGCGACGAAAUUCCGACACCCGAAGCCGCUCUCCAUCAACCUCACCUCAAGCAUAUUGCAUCUGAAAUCCCAGCUCUGGAUCCUGAAGCCCACAUCCUCCUACUGCUCGGACGAGACAUGCUCAGAGUUCACAAAGUGAGGAAACAAAUUAAUGGCCCAAACAACACACCAUUUGGUCAAAAACUGGACCUAGGAUGGGUUUUGGUUGGGGAAGUAUGCUUAGGAGAUGUGCACAAGCCCAGUGUUUCCAGUUUCAAGACAAACAUCCUAGAAAAUGGAAGACCCUCACUGUUUAUUCCUUGUACAAGUCACGUACACAUUAAAGAAAAGAUCACCAGCAACUUAACAGCUCUGCAUACAGCUCAUGACUUUGAAACCCACUGGAACAUGAACAAAGACAAUCUUGGCCAGACUCUAUUUAUAAGAUCAGAGAAUGACAAUAAGUCUGCACUCUCCAUCGAGGAUGAAGUCUUUCUAAAGAUUAUGGAGAAAGAAGCUUUCCAGGAUAAUUCCAACAGUUGGGUGGCACCUCUCCCCUUUAGGUCUCCACGGCCAGUUCUUUGAACAACAGAGAACAAGCUUUAAGCCGCCUCUCUUCCUUGCGACGUACACUAGAGAGGAAGCCAGAUAUGAAAGAACAGUUUGCAACCUUCAUGCAAAAACUAUUCGACAGUGACCAUGCAGAACUUGCAGCUCCACUACCAAAGGGAAAAGAAUGCUGGUACUUACCACUAUUCGGAGUCUAUCAUCCCAAAAAACCUGAUCAGAUCAGGGUAGUAUUUGACUCCAGCGCACAGCAUGAAGGCAUCUCUCUCAAUAAUGUACUCCUCACUGGACCAGACCUUAAUAACAGCCUCAUUGGUGUCUUGAUGCGCUUCAGGAAAGAGUGUGUAGCAGUGAUGGCAGACAUACAACAAAUGUUUCACUGUUUUGUUGUGAGAGAAGAUCAUAGAGACUACCUACGCUUCCUGUGGUACCGUGAUAAUGACCUUAACAAGGACAUUGUUGAAUACAGGAUGAAAGUCCACGUGUUUGGCAACAGCCCUUCCCCGGCAGUAGCAAUUUACUGCCUAAGACGAGCAGCAGAGAAGGGUGCGCCGCAACACGGUCCUGACACCAGACACUUUGUGGAACGUGGAUUCUAUGUGGAUGAUGCAUUAAUUUCCUUGCCAACUGAACAGGAAGCGAUAGACCUACUGAAGAGGACACAAGCAUCCCUCUCUGAAUCAAACUUGCGGCUGCACAAAAUUGUAUCCAACAGUCUUCAUGUACUCAAAGCAUUCCCAACCGAAGAUCAUGCAAAAGAAAUCAAAGACCUCAAUCUCAGUGGAACAACUAUGCCUACACAACGCAGCCUUGGUCUGAAUUGGGAAACUGCGACUGACACAUUUACCUUUAAAGUAUCAGUCAAUGACAAACCAUUCACACGCCGUGGUGUCCUAUCCAUAAUCAACAGUCUCUUCGAUCCUCUCGGUCUUGUGGCUCCUGUCACUAUACAGGGGAGGUUUUUACUCAGAGAGCUAUCCAUUGAAGAAAUAGACUGGGAUGAACCACUGCCACAAGAGAAACGUGGUGAGUGGGAAACAUGGAGACAUUCAUUGAAAGACUUGCAAAACCUUCACAUUCCUCGUCCUUACACACCCAACUCUCAUUCAGAAGCAAAUCACAAAGAAAUCUGUGUUUUCUCUGAUGCGUCGACAAAAGCCAUCGGAGCCGUAGCCUAUCUCAGGGCAGUAGAUGGAGAUGGACAGAUCAGCAUUGGCUUUGUCUUAGGGAAAGCAAAAUUGACGCCAAAAAACCAGCCUACCAUACCCCGAUUAGAGCUUUGUGCAGCAGUCUUAGCAGUGGAGGUAGCAGAACUCAUUGUUCAAGAGAUUGACUUCAAACCGGAUGCUAUUACCUUCUACUGUGAUAGCAAAAUUGUACUCGGCUAUAUCUAUAACGAAACUAAACGUUUCUACGUGUAUGUCCACAACAGAGUACAGAGAAUCAGACAAUUUUCAGAACCAAAGCAGUGGCGAUACAUACCCACAGAGCACAAUCCUGCUGACAUUGCUUCCAGGUCCAUCCAUGCAUCUCAACUCGUGAAAUCUAACUGGUUUACAGGUCCGGCAUUCUUGCAUAAGCCACAUGAAGAUGACUUCAUUAUGACAGACAAUUUUGCGCUUGUGGACCCAGAUUCAGAUACAGAAAUCAGGCCAAUUGUGACAGCUUGUAUCACAGGAAUGAAGGAUAAACAACUCACCUCGGACAGAUUUCAGAGAUUCUCCUCUUGGAAAUCAUUACAAAGAGCCAUUGCAUCGCUCAUCCAUGUAGCUUGCUCUUUUAGAUCUUCCAAUGAAUCCAACAGAUGCAGCGGUUGGCACCUUUGUUCACAAGCACACACUGUAAGUGAGCUGUUAAAAGCCAAGAAUGUGAUAAUCCACUCUGUGCAAAAGGAGUCGUUCAGCAAGGACAUAGAAACACUCUCUAAGGGAGGAAACAUAAGCAGCAAAGUUCCACUCUCAAAGCUGAAUCCUUUCUUAGAUGAAGAUGGCCUACUCCGGGUUGGAGGCAGAUUAAAACUUGCAGAUGUAAGCUACCCUGAAAAAAACCCAGUCAUCUUACCUGGCAAGCAUCACGUUUCUGAGUUACUCAUAAAGCACUACCAUGAACGUGUGGAGCACCAAGGCCGCAUAUUCACAGAGGGGGCUAUUCGUGCCGCUGGUUUAUGGCUUAUUGGAGGCAAGAGAUGUAUAAGCAGUAUUCUUCAUGCAUGUGUAACUUGCCGUAAACUUCGUGGUAAACUAGAAAUGCAGAAAAUGUCAGACUUGCCACCAGAACGACUUAGUGUGUCACCACCCUUUACUUACACCGGCUUAGAUGUCUUUGGCCCUUGGACAGUGGUAGCUCGCCGCACAAGAGGAGGUCAAGCUCUCAGUAAACGCUGGGCAGUACUUUUUACCUGCAUGAGCACCCGUGCGGUUCACAUUGAAGUCAUUAUGUCUAUGGACUCUUCAAGUUGUAUUAAUGCACUUCGCAGGUUUUUCGCGAUCCGUGGCCCUGCAAAACAACUGCAAUCUGACUGUGGAACCAACUUCAUUGGUGCUUGCAACGAGCUUGAAUUCCACAAAGUAGUUCAAGAAACAAAAGUGCAAAGAUACAUCAAUAACGAAGGAUGCACAUGGGUUUUCAACCCACCACACUCCUCUCAUAUGGGAGGCGCAUGGGAGAGAAUGAUUGGUCUGGCUCGAGGAAUUCUUGACUCAAUGCUGAUGCGGGAAGGACACUCUAACCUCUCUGAUGAAGUGCUUUGUACACUUAUGGCGGAAGUGGCAGCCAUUAUCAACAGUAGACCUCUAGUACCUGUUUGUAUGGAUGCAGACUCACCCUUGAUACUUACCCCAGCGAUGCUUUUAACACAAAAAGCAGGUUCUCCGCCUCCGGCAGGAAACAUCUCCAGAAAGGACAUCUACAAACGCCAAUGGCGGCAAGUACAGAGCCUAGCCAACCAAUUCUGGUGUCGCUGGAAACAGGAAUAUCUGCAAACACUGCAAGUUCGUCACAAAUGGCAGGAUCCAUACCCAAACAUCCAGGAAGGUGACAUAGUACUACUAAAGGACAAUCAAGUAGCUCGAAAUGAAUGGCCUAUGGCACUUGUCACAAGUGUUUUCCCUGGUCAAGAUGGAAAGGUUCAAAAGGUUGAACUUAAAGUGACUAAAGAAGGGUCCAGCAAAACUUUCUUGAGGCCUAUAUCUGAAGUCAUUCUCCUGCUCAGAAAAUAAGAAAACAGUUGGUUAUAGAUGA